AUGGCCAUCUUCAAUUAUCAAACAAAAUCAAUGAUUACUAGAAACCGCGUGAAAUGCGCCGAGUUUCGAAAGCUGUCAUCUUUUCCUUUUUGGGAUUUACCCUUUCCAUCAUACACCAGCGAUAAUUCACAUUUGUUCUUUCAUUUUGUCCUGUUCAUUCACAUUCUAACCAAUUGCUCUUUAUUCAUAUCUGGGAUUUUAGUUGAUCCCGGUGAAAUGGAGAAGAAAAUGCUGCUCCAUUUGACGAUUUUGAUUUUGGGUAUUUUGAGCUCUUCUUCCAUGGUGAAAGCAGAGGACCCUUAUAAGUACUUCACUUGGACUGUUACUUAUGGAACUGCGUCUCCUCUUGGUGUUCCUCAACAGAUUAUCUUAAUAAAUGGUCAAUUUCCUGGUCCUAAGCUUGAUGUUGUCACAAAUGACAAUAUUAUCCUCAAUCUCAUCAAUAAUCUAGACCAACCUUUCCUCUUGACAUGGAAUGGAAUUAAACAAAGAAAGAAUUCAUGGCAAGAUGGGGUUUUGGGCACAAAUUGUCCGAUUCCACCGAAUUCCAAUUUCACAUACAAAUUCCAACCAAAAGAUCAAAUCGGAGGCUACACAUACUUCCCGUCGACCGGAAUGCACAAAGCCGCCGGUGGUUUUGGAGCGAUUAAUGUUUAUGCUCGACCUCGUAUUCCGGUUCCAUAUGCAAUUCCCGCCGGUGAUUUUAAUUUACUCAUCGGUGAUUGGUACAAAUCCAACCAUAAGGGGUUACAACAAUAUCUUGAUUCAGGAAGAUCGCUUCCUUUCCCAGAUGGCAUUCUUGUAAAUGGACAAACACGAACCACCUUUAGUGGUGAUCAAGGUCAAACAUACAUGUUUAGAAUCUCGAAUAUGGGUUUAUCGACUUCCUUCAACUUUAGGAUUCAAGGACAUAAAAUGAAACUUGUCGAAGUUGAAGGGUCAAAUGUGGUUCAAAACAUGUACGAUUCACUUGAUGUCCAUGUUGGUCAAUCGAUUUCGGUUCUAGUUACAUUAGAUCAAACUCCAAAAGAUUACUAUGUUGUUGCUUCAACACGGUUUACAAGAAAAAUUCUUACUUCGGUUUCGGUAUUACACUAUUCCAAUUCCCAAACACCCGUCUCUGGUCCCAUUCCCGCUGGCCCAACCUACCAAGUUCACUGGUCAAUGCAACAAGCUAGAACAAUCAGAUGGAACCUUACAUCGAACGCAGCAAGGCCGAAUCCACAAGGUUCAUUCCAUUAUGGAACAAUCACGCCCACGAGGACGAUCGUGUUGAGCAACUCUGCAAACCUAAUAAAUGGAAAGAUCCGAUACGCUGUCAAUGGGGUGUCUUACAUUAAUGCAGACACCCCAUUGAAGCUUGCGGAUUACUUCAAUAUUCCCGGUGUUUAUUCUAUGAACACCAUUCAAAUGUCCCCAAAAUAG